AUGAUCCACCGCGAAGUAGCCGAUGGUCUAGAGCGUCUUUGGAACGUAAGAGUAAACUGCAUAUGGGAAGCCGAUGAAAGUAGUCGCCAUGGAGAGGUUUAUAUAUUCGACCAUGUAUUUAAGCAGGAAUGUACAAAUUCAGAUGUAUAUGGAUCUGUAGUAAAACCUUUAGUCGAUUCCUUCAUGGAAGGUUUCAAUGCCACAAUAUUUGCAUAUGGCCAAACAUCUUCUGGCAAAACACACACCAUUUUGGGCAAUAAAACAGAUCCUGGGCUUUUCCAAUUAGUAUCCAAUCAGUUAUUCCAGCAUGUGGCAGACCAGGUUGAUAAGAGGUACUUGAUUAGAUGCAGUUAUAUUGAAAUCUACAAUGAAAAGAUCAAUGACCUCCUGGAUAAGAGCAAUCAGGGUUUAACUAUAAGAGAAGAUAUCAAAGGAAAUGUGCUGCUUGAUGCAAGGGAAGCUGUCGUAGACAAUGUUGAUAAAGUUAUGGAGAACAUGAUGCAGGGCAAUAAGAUCAGACGAGUUGCAGCUACUCGCAUGAAUGAGAGGUCAUCUCGAUCACACACGAUUUUCCGGAUUAUUCUGGAGUCGAAAGAUGCCAAUCAGAAAGAUGGACCUGUACAUAUAAGCUACCUUAACUUAAUGGACUUAGCUGGUUCUGAGAGAGUUUCUCUGACGAAAGCUGCUGGUGAGCGUCUUAAAGAGGGGGCUAACAUAAACAAAUCUUUGUCAGUAUUAGGAAAUGUGAUAAGGCAACUAAGCGAGGGGAAGGAGUUUAUCAGUUAUCGCGAUUCGAAAUUGACUAGACUGCUCUCACAGGCUCUUGGCGGUAAUGCCAAAUCAUUGAUUAUCGGGAAUCAGGAAUGUACAAAUUCAGAUGUAUAUGGAUCUGUAGUAAAACCUUUAGUCGAUUCCUUCAUGGAAGGUUUCAAUGCCACAAUAUUUGCAUAUGGCCAAACAUCUUCUGGCAAAACACACACCAUUUUGGGCAAUAAAACAGAUCCUGGGCUUUUCCAAUUAGUAUCCAAUCAGUUAUUCCAGCAUGUGGCAGACCAGGUUGAUAAGAGGUACUUGAUUAGAUGCAGUUAUAUUGAAAUCUACAAUGAAAAGAUCAAUGACCUCCUGGAUAAGAGCAAUCAGGGUUUAACUAUAAGAGAAGAUCAAAGGAAAUGUGCUGCGAUGCAAGGGAAGCUGUCGUAG